UCUAUACAGGGGGUUCUGGUGAAAGCUUGCCCCCACGUAUGCCUACGUGGUGCCUACGUUGUUAGCACCGAAGAGUCAGAUCUCAGCUGGCAUUUGGAGACCUCUGUUUAUUAGGAGACUUGCUCAAAAGCGUAGGUGUCUUUAAAACGAUGCUUGUUGUUAUCAGCCAUCUUGGUAACCAUCUGGCUCUACAGAGAACAAAGUAUCUUAAAUAAGCAAAGUCAUCUAGCAAGAAAAAUAAACAGUGGAGUUGUAUACAGCCGAUCCCACCCCGGAAACCUUCCUUGUGGUUAGAGUUUUCUCGUCAAGGUCUGCUCACAUUUUGCGACCUUCUUGUGUUGUGAAACGGGCCUUGAAUAUGAGGACUUUGAAAAGAGCACCUCCGUGCCCCUCUCUCCACCUCUGUUGGGGCCUUUCUCCAGAGAAGGUGUCAGAGCAGCUGUUUUCCCAACAGAAGGACCCUGAUGUUGCGACUGCUGGUGCUCCAGGUUUUGCCAGGCGCAUCUGCUCUGGUGCUAUGUGUGAAUGUGGGAAGGGCUGCAACUUUGCAAGGCCAUCUGUGCAUUCAGCUGCCUCCUUCGCCUGGAUGCGUCAGUGCUAUGUCUGAAGGGCGAAUUAAAAUAGCAAGAUGUCAGACACGGGGAAUAGCACAGAGGAGAAGACGAAUAUGCCUAACGGAAGCUUGUCCAGCAGUCCAGAAGAGAUGUCUGGAACCACGGAGGGGCCCGAAACGUCUUCCGGGGUGGAGGUGGAGGCUUCUGACCUGAGCCUCAGCUUGACGGGGGACGAGGUAGGCCCCAGCCAGACUUACACAGAGAGCUCCACCGAAGAGAAGGACUCGGACAGCAUGGAGGAGACCGGGCACUACUCCAUCAAUGAACUGAAUCGGACCUAUGACCGCUCCCCCUCGGAGGAGGAGGAAGAGGAGGCAGAGGAAGAAGAGGAAGAACAGCAGCAGCAGCAGGAGGAGGAGGCAGAAGCGGAGGCCCAGCGUUCCCGCUGGCGAACACAUCGCAAGCGCCCCAACCAGGACAGGGACUCCUCGGAUGACGAGCGGGCCCUGGAGGACUGGGUGGCCUCAGAGACGAUGGCGCUGCCCCUGCCACGCUGGCGAGCCCUCCAGGCCCUGCGAGAGAGGGAGCUUGGCUCCAGCGCCCGCUUCAUCUAUGAUGCCUGCGGGGCCCGGCUGUUCGUGCAGCGCUUCUGCCUGCAGUACGGCCUGGAGGGCCACGGGGGCUGCGUGAACACCCUGCACUUCAACCAGCGCGGGGCCUGGCUGGCCAGCGGCAGCGAUGAUCUCAAGGUGGUGGUCUGGGACUGGGUGCGCAGGCGGCCCGUGCUGCAGUUCGAGAGUGGCCACAAGAGCAACGUCUUCCAGGCCAAGUUCCUCCCCAACAGCGGAGACUCGACCCUGGCCAUGUGUGCUCGGGAUGGCCAGGUCCGCGUAGCCGAACUCUCCGCCACGCAGUGUUGUAAGACCACGAAGCGGGUGGCCCAGCACAAGGGCGCAUCGCACAAGCUUGCCCUGGAACCGGAUUCCCCCUGCACUUUCCUCUCGGCGGGAGAAGACGCCGUUGUUUUCACCAUCGACUUGAGACAAGACCGACCGGCUUCGAAGCUGGUCGUGACCAAAGAGAAGGAGAAGAAAGUCGGACUCUACACCAUUUACGUGAACCCAGCCAACACGGACCAGUUUGCUGUGGGCGGCAGAGAUGAAUACGUCAGGAUCUACGAUCAGCGGAAGAUCAAUGAAAACGAGAACAAUGGAGUGUUGAAGAAGUUCUGCCCUCACCACCUGGUGAACAGCGAGUCGAAAGCCAACAUCACCUGCCUGGUCUACAGCCACAAUGGCUCAGAGCUUCUGGCCAGCUACAACGACGAGGAUGUCUAUCUCUUCAACUCCUCUCACAGCGACGGAGCCGAGUACAUCAAGAGAUACAAGGGGCACCGCAACAACGCCACAGUGAAGGGAGUCAACUUCUACGGCCCCAACAGCGAGUUUGUGGUGAGCGGCAGCGACUGCGGCCACAUCUUCCUGUGGGAAAAGGCCUCUUGCCAGGUGGUGCAGUUCAUGCAAGGCGACAAAGGAGGAGUGGUGAACUGCUUGGAGCCUCACCCCCACCUCCCGGUUCUGGCCACCAGCGGCUUGGAUUAUGACGUCAAGAUUUGGGCCCCCACUGCAGAGAUGCCCACCCAGCUCACCGGCUUGAAGGAGGUGAUCAAGAAGAACAAGCGGGAGCGGGACGAGGACAGCCUGAACCACGCGGACAUGUACGAGAGCCACCUGCUCUGGUUCCUCAUGCACCACUUCCGGCCACGGCGGCGUCACAGGCGCCAGCGAGAUCCAGGCACCGGAGCGGCUGACAGCGACUCUGAGGACUCCCUCAGCUCGUCAGACAGCUUGGACGAAGACGAGGAGGGCCCGGACCGGGUGCAGUGCAUGCCUUCCUGAGAGCCCUGGAGACACGGAAUGGGCUGUGGGGACGCCUGCCCUGUUGAAUUAGCCACCCUCUCCCUGCUUUAGAUGAGAGACCAGCCCUGCUUAGCAGGGGGGCCUGCUCGGCUCAGCUCCCGCCCUUGGACUCCGCUCUAGCAGCUGGGGGAGGGGGCCCUGCUUCCCCUUCCUCUCCCUUUCGGCCUCGGCUGCCCUUUUCAGCACCAGACUUCCCAGAAUUGGGGGGGGGGUGUGGAUGCCUGGCUGCAGUUGCCACCUGUUCCCUGCUAAGCUUCUUUGGGGUGGGGGGGGGAUGAGCUGGCUUGAUUUCUCUCCUUUGGGUAGGGGUGGGGGCUCCAGAAGCACCUUGGAGAUGUACCUUUAUCUCACCCCCCCUUCCCAAAGACCCGACUGCUGCAUGUUGCGCCCAGGAUGAGCAAACUUGGGAUUCUGCUCUUUCAGUGAAAAUUUGGGGGCUUUGUUCCCUCUGGGUUUGGUUUUUUUUUUUUUCCCCUGGUUCUUUCUUUCGGUGUGUUUUUUCUUCAGCAGCUCUAGGCGCAAAGGACCUUCCCUCCCGUCUAGAGCCGCCUUUGUUCUCGUGAAGGGCCACUCCGGGAACUCCCUGGAGCCUAAAGUUGAAAAGGUCGCAGCCACAGCCGCCUUGAGCUCCAGCCUGGCAGCUGCCCCGAACUGGAGGCGAGGAGGGAGUGGGUGGGCAGCCCCCGCAAGGGAGUUGCUGUGGCAGCCCUGCCAGCAGCCUUGUUUUUUUCCCUUCAUCUUCAGGAUAAUCUCUUGGUUUUGAAAGCAACGUUUUCCCCUGAUUGCUGUUUAGAGGCCUAAUUUUAUAUGUAUUAAACAAGACAAGAACCAAAUUAAACUUGGGUGUUAUCAAGUUAAAA